AUGUUUUUGACCUAUAAUUCUCACAUCAAUGGCUAAGCUUUCUUUGAUCUCUAUUCUUCUUUUUCUAGGCUUCACAUUAUCAUGUGCAGCUACAAAUUACAUUGUGGGGGAUAGUUCUGGUUGGGACAUUAGCACUGAUCUUGCUUCCUGGGCGCAGGACAAGACAUUCACCGUUGGAGAUGUUCUAAUUUUCCAAUACUCGUCGUCAGAUAGUGUGAAUGAAGUGACAAAAGAAGCUUAUGACGGUUGCAACACCACCAAGGUUAUUAAGACAUAUACAAAUAAUGGGAACACGACGGUUACAUUAACAAGACCUGGAGCUUGGUAUUUUAUUUCUGGGAAUAGGUUAUAUUGCUUAGGAGGAAUGAAACUUCAAGUAAAUGUACAAGGAAAUGAAGCAGAUUCUCCGGUGGCUGCUCCUCAAGGGCAGCCAGGGGCAAGUAAUGAUCUUCCUCAGCCUUCAAAGAACAAUAACCCUAUUCCUACUUCUUCAGGGUUUGUUUAUGGCGGAAAGAAUUAUCUUGGAAAAGUCUUUUUUGGUUUUGCGGCUACUGUGUUGUUAUUGCUGAGUUGACAGGAUAAUAAUCUGAAGGUUGUUUCUCAUUUUGAAUAUGUAUAACUAUUUUAUUUAUUGCUUUAAUUUGGAUGGAAACGUUUUUUUUU